GCUGCCGGUUGCUACAUGCCCUCCCUCUCUUCCGUAAAACUUAUUUGCUCAGUCAGGCUCAAACCACUCCCUCGGUCGCUCUGUGUGAACGGAAGAGCAGUCUAGUCUUCACUCGACACAGAGUUCCCAUCAGAACAUUUGUCUCCCCCCCUCUCUCUCUCAGGACUAUGCGCUCUGCCGAGAAUGGCGGAGUCCAGUGCGCUUGACGAACUUCAGUCGGAGCUCACCUGCCCCGUGUGUCUGGAGCUCUUCCGUGACCCGGUGAUCCUCGAGUGCGGGCAUCACUUCUGCCAGGUGUGCAUCGUCCAGUGCUGGGAGGCCAAGGCGGACGAGCAGUCGAGUUGCCCCAAGUGUCGAAAGUCGUGCGCGCGCAGACUGCGCCCAAACUCGCUUCUGUGCAACGUCGUGGACAGUGUGCGCAAAGCCCGCGCCAUGGACUCCACCGCCGCCUUAUCCGUACUGUACCCGGAACACGCGCUGGAGGAGCCGGAGGAACGGGAGCCCGGGUCCAGCAUGAGCAGCGUGACCUCGUCCAUCGGGCUGUGGCCGCGCCUGAGCAUGGACAUGUGUGAGGAGCACGAGGAGAAGCUGAAGCUCUACUGCGAGGACGACCAGCUGCCCAUCUGCCUGGUGUGCGGGAUGUCCCGGGACCACAAGACCCACAACGUCAUCCCCAUCAACGAGGCCUUUGAAAACUACAAGGAUAAACUGUCUGUCGCGUUGGAAAGAGUUCAGCUCCAGACAGAGGAGGCCACGCUCUUCCAAAAACAGACCAACGACAAGAUCCUGCUUAUUAAGGAGCGAGCGGCAGAUCUGGAGGAUCUGGUCUCUGCAGAGUUCGGCUGCUUGAGGGAGUUCCUGUUGCAGGAGGAGGAGCGCAUCAAGGAGAAACUGCAAAAGCAGAAGGAGGAGAAACUCAACCAGCUGGAGGAGGCGCUCACUCAAGCGACGGAGCAAAUCAGCCAGCUGGAAAUUACAGCGGACCAGCUUCGCCUCAAACUGAGGGAGGAAGAAAACCCGGAGCAACUCAAGGGAAUCAAAGAUUUCAUUGGAGGGGCCGAAAGCUUGUUUGAGCGCCCUCCAGAGGUGGGCAUUGAUCUGCAGUCCACAGAGUUUCUGGGACCUCUGCAGUACAGAGCCUGGCGGAAAAUGAACUCCAUUAUAAAACCAGCAGUCACAGCAGUGAAACUGAACCCGGACACGGCCUACCCCUGCCUGUGGGUCUCUCUGUGUCGCACCACUGUCCAGGUGGGCAGAAUCCAGCCCAACCUGCCCAACAACCCGGAACGCUUCACGCGCUACAACAUCGUCCUGGGCUCUGAAGCCUUUUCUGGCAGACACUACUGGGAGGUGGAGGUUGGCUACAAAACUGCAUGGGGUCUGGGUGUGGCGAGAGCCUCUGUCAACAGGAAGGAGGAAAUCAGCCUGUGCCCAGAAGACGGGUUCUGGACCCUUGUGCUGAGAGCGAACGCAGACGGCACCAGCGAGUACGAAGCCUGCACCGACGCAGAAGACAGCUUGAUAUAUCCCUCCAAACCUCCCAGGAGGGUGGGAGUCUAUCUGGACUACAGCCGUGGUGAAGUGGCGUUUUACGAUGCGGGGGACAUGAGCCACCUCUUCACCUUCAACAACGCAAACUUCAAAGAGCCCGUUUUCCCGUACUUUAAUCCCUGGCCAAUUAUCAACGGACACAACCAGGAGCCUCUCACCAUAGUAACGCCAUACUGGGGAUAGAACGGAGGUACAAAAGCAGACUCAUUCGAGAGCUUUGUCAAAAGAAAACAACAACAACAACAACUUGCAGAAUAUUGUGGUCAACACACUUCUCCUGAUGUAACCGCUCACUAAACCGCACCAAAUGUGAAUUCUUACUCCUCAGCUCAAAAUGAUCCCAGAGAAAUGUGCUAUGUCCUCAUUUACUUGGUAAUGUGGGCUGAAAAAAAUCAAGUGGGAUAUGCCUCCUUCUUUUGAUGAAACUUUAUACUGUAUUAACAUGUUUUGAAUAAUGACGUCAUAUUGGAAUUAACAGGGUUUGGCAACUGUGUGACGAGGGAAAUACCAAACACAGAGAUUUUGGCUCCUCUCAUGGGAUUUGUUGGCAAUAAGAAAUGUUUAGACCAUUUCUGUGCUUCAUGAAUUUGUACUGAAUUUGAAUUAAUUAUACAUACGAUUUAUUAAAAAUGAAAUCAAAGACUACUGAUAGAGUCGGAGGGGGGGCAUGAUUAUUAUCAUGAUUAUUAUGAAGAUCUUACUGAAUGUUUUGAAAAAAUAUCUAACCACAAUGCCAACACUGUAUAUUGUUGCUGUUUUCUUAUCUCACUGUAAUGACACGCACAUUUAAAGCAAUGAUGUAAAUAGCAGAUUUGAAACAAGGAAGCUUUUCCACAGAUAUUUUCUCACCAUUACAUUUAUAAGUCCAACACUACAACUCUUAAGAUGUAACAUGCUUUCUCUCUUUUUUUGUGCAUUCACUGGGGAUAAUAUAUUUCAUUUAAUAAAUGAAAUAAUUCAAUGUGUUGUUGGUACUUUUAAUUCCAGCAGAUGGCGCCCAGAGCUAACUUUGAACUGCCUCUUUGAGCGAGUAGUGAUGUAAAGUGACUCUUUUUUUUUUUUUCCAUCAUUUAAGGCGUCAAAUCACACAGUGUACAUGAGACUUUCCAGACUUUACAACAUGCAACAACCAUCAUUAGACGCUUGGAUCAGAUGUGGAAAAAACUCAUUUAUCAGACAAAGACCUGGAAGAAAGUCAGGAAGACAAACUGAGGAGUGACGAUUUUACAAUGUGUAAUGCAAGAAUGACAAUAGAGGUUGCACCACAACCUAUAUCUGCGUCAAAUGUCAAAUUUAAAAACCUCACAACCGUGUGUUAUAGAAAUAUUAUGGAAAGCCAUUCCCAACACUUAAAUAAAGUCAUGUGUACAUGGAGGGAGUGCACAUAUGGAA